AUGCCUCGAACACAGAUACUUGAGGACUCGGAUACCGGCACAAUUGUUAAUCUCAGUCAGUCAGAAGAGUGUACUACUACAUCAAAUAAUACAAUAUCUCAUGGAUUUGUCAAGCCUAAUGCUAAUAUGGUCAUUUGCCCUACUCCUUCACGACCUGCCACUUUUGUUCCUGGAUUCCGACAUGCAUCACCAGCUUCUCAUUCAACACCAUUACACCCUGCCGUUAGACCAGAUAAAAAUAACAGGCUUUGUAGCCUCACAAAUAGUAUUUUUAUUGAACAAACUAACUCAUCAAAAGUCGACACUUUACGAAGUGGGGCAUUCUCCGUCCUCAAUGCUUCAAGCAACAUGGCACGCGUCUCUUCAUUGGCUGCCGGUUUUGAAGAUGUAAUUGGUCAACAACUGUCUGUGUACCCGUGGUAUCAUGGCACACUUUCACGUGUUCGAGCUGCUAGCUAUGUGCUAGGUCAACUAUCCGAAUUCGAACACGGAACUACACGACGACAAUUAAGUUCUCCUGAAUGUAAUCGAAUUAAUUCCAAUUCAGAGAAAAAUAAUACUGAUUUACCUUCUGUACAGCCUGCUUUAUCAACAACUGAUGGUGUAUUCCUUGUUCGUCAAAGUGAAACAAAACAAGGUGAAUUUGUCCUAACGUUCAGUUGUCAUGGUAAACCCAAGCAUCUCAGGAUGACUUUGAGUCCAGAUGGUCACUGCAGAGUUCAACACUUACCAUUCGAUUCCAUAGUCGAAAUGCUGGAGCAUUUUCGACAGGAGCCUAUUCCUUUGGAACAGACAUCUACGUCAAAUUUAGGCGAUUGUCUACCUUCGGAUGCCUUAACUCCAUCUACAACCAUUUCUCCUACGCCAAUCACAUUGUCAGCUUAUGUAGUGAACACUCAUUUGACAGGAAAUCAUGAACGACUAGUGAUUUGUCGAGGUUCAGUUCGUGCAAACGUGAACACAGUUGGUCGGGCUGCUGCGGCCGCUGCCGCGACAGCCUCCGGUGGUAAAGCAUCACAGAAUCAAUAUAUCGUUAUGUAA